AGUCCGCGAAAUGUCGUAUACCAGAUAAGGUGUUUCGUAGUCGUCAGGUGCGCCGGACUCGCCCCCAUCAGCUCGCGAAUUACUCGAUUUAUUCAUCUUGUCAAUCACUAGUCCAGGAAGAAUUCCACAAACCAGAAUUCCAGAAGCACUUUUCCCAGGGAAAGGAGAAGUAAAUCGAUUCAAUAACAACACAACUUAUCCCAGCCAAAUACACCAAGAAAAUUCCGCCUACAAGAAAAAUCUAGACUACACUCGUUUUCAAAACCUGCGCCAAACCGGAAUUUCCAGUGAAAAAUUACUUCAUAUGCACUUUCGUUUGUUUCUUCAUUCACUGAUAACUUGAUUAGCUGGUUUCUGUCAUCUGAAAGGUCAUCUAGUUAUUAAUAAUAAUAUUUUGAGAAGUAGUCAACUAUUUUUUCCAUAAAAGUUCAUAGAUUUCUGAAAGGUUUCGAAAAGUGAAAAAAGCUCUUUUUUGAGGAAAAGUUGUUCUGCUCUUUUCUUUAUGUGGAUGGAACGUUGAUUCACGAGGUGUUCUCAAGACGUUCUUUAAAUAUUUACCAAUUUAACCUUACCUACAUGCAGUGUCACGUAUGGACGACAUGUUACUGCAGACACAAUUUCGUUCGGCUUUCACGGGGAAAGUGACCAAUAAAAAUUUUAAAUUCCAGUCAUACUGACUUUGCCGAAUGGAGAUGUUAAAAGUGAUUUAAUGGACAAUUUAUAAAUGCAUGAGCUAUUCACAAAGGAAGAGAAGCAAGAAAAAUUACCCAGAGAAAACUGAGAAGAUCAGGGGUUGAUCCUUUCCAAGUAUUGAUCAAUUUGUCUCCAGAGUUGUGUUUUCCAGUGAAAAGGUACAUUCACCUAUAAAAUAACUAGAACUAAAAAAAAAUUUGAUAAAAAUCCCUUAACUUGGGAAAAUACCUGGUCUUUAAUUACCCUUUCAUCAAAUUCUUUGUACCAUAAAGAGUCCUACCUCACUUUUCAAGGUCGAGUAAUUUCCAGUGAAGGGGGCGCAUUGCAGUGCCGUUUGCAUAUGCAUUGCAGAUGAUGUCUAGAAUAGAAAAAUAUUUAAAAAUUUGAUAUUAUUUCAAAUUCUUCAAGAUCUAAACUUCUAGAAUCUGCAGCAUCCACUACAGCAUCGUCAACAGUAUCAUCUACAGCAUCAAGAUCAACAUCAAUAUUUACGACUCAAUUUCCAAAUAUUUUUGAUCUUCGCAAUGAUCACAAUUUGGAAAAAUUCCGAAGGGAAGAUUGAUUGAGUUGGGGAUGAAAUAUCUGUGAUAAUGUGGUGCUUAAAGAUGAAGGUGCAACGAGGUGGUAGUUUAUUGAUGAGUAGUAGGGGACUUGGGAACGCAACGAGGCUUGGCGAAUCGAUAACAGGUUGCAAAGCAGCGCUGUGGAGAUUUUCAGUGUGACCUCGAGGAAAAGAGGUGCAUUGGAAAAAAAUAGAGGGCAUUUUUGAAAGGAGGGUAAGGAGAAUCCGAGAAAAGGUAAAUCAGAAGAGAUGUUGGCUUGCUGGGUCUUGGUGGGUGUCCUUGGAGCAGUGGUGCUUCUGUACAUCCUCGUCGAAUUGCACUACUUCCUCAGAAUGUUAAUCACAGUGUUCUUUGCUCGAUUUUGCAGAAAACGAGUACACAUUCUCGACGAGACUUCUAUUUAUGGUGUCUGUACCGCAACUGACGUGGAUACUCUCCUAUACCACAUGAAUAAUGCCAGAUAUUUAAGAGAACUGGACUUUGCACGCGCAGAUUUUUACGAAAGGACUAAUUUGUAUCGUGAAAUCUGUUCCCAAGGGUCAGGACUUGUACAAGGUGCUGCCACUAUUCGAUACAGAAGGUUCCUCAAAGUCUUCUGCUUUUAUAAAAUAACGUCCAAGAUUAUUUACUGGGACGAGAAGACUAUUUUCAUGGAGCAUCGAUUUAUUACUCCAAGUGAUGGGUUUGUCAGGGCGAUAGCAAUUUGUCGUCAGCGAUUAUUGGAUUGCAGUGCUGAAGCUGUUGUGGGUGCUCUUAUGAAUAAAGGGGUGAAACAAAACGGAAGUGUCGAGGCUGGUGUUACACAGAUGCCCCACGUGAGACCAGAGGUACCACCAGAAGUGGCAAGAUGGAUAGAAAGCAAUGAAAUAUCAUCAGCAGCAUUAAGAAGGACACCUGCUGUAGUUUUAAACUGCUGACAAAGGGAUGACGCCAUCACGAAUGGCGUAUCUUCGACACAAUUUCACGAAACUACCAUGGUCUAAUUAAGCCGGAUCAGUGCAUAAAGUACCUGAUUCUCGUUUUAAAACUGCGAUUCUUCAAAGUGAUAAACUAAUUUUACGUUCAUAAGUGACAAGUUACCAUGAAACUAGGACUCGAAGCGAAAAACAUUUGCUAGUUACAUUAUUACACUAUCAAUGAAUAAGUGAUUGUUCUAAACAAAAACAAAAAAUGACAUACUUAGAUCCACAAUGCAGUGGGUGGAAUUUAUAUAAUGAAUAGAAAAGACAACACCCAGAAAAGUUCAAUUGAGAAUUGUAUUCUCAAAAGGUUUUGCAAAUGUCUAGAACGUUACAUAGAGAGAAAUUUCGGAAGAUUAAUUCACGGCACUGUUUCUUGAUUUUAUCACAGUGUGAGGCGAGAACUACGAUCUCGGAACCCUUUCUUUUAAAGUAUGGAUUUUGAAGCUUUGGACAUUAGGCCACGCCCCUUUGCUUCUAUAUCUCGAAUUCUAUGCUUUUAGAUCAUAGAGUCCGAGACUUUAAACCACGUAAUUAUUGUAGCUUUAAAAUCACGCUAUUCCGUGAAUUAAUCUCUUGAAAUUUCUCUCUGUGUAUUUGGAAAUGCUUUAGCGGAAUCUUAGAUAAUUUAUAUAUUCUUAAUUUAAUCCAUUCUCUGAAAUUUUUUGAAAUUAUUUUUGAUAUUUAGGUACUUCACUACUUAAAACAAAGGUUGAAUCAGUAUUAAAAAAAUGCUUUACAGAAAUUCGGAAGCGUCCAUUAAUUGCGUAAGGAUUUUUAAUAUGAUAACAUAAAUAAACUUUGUAUGUAAUUUAUUUAUUCUUGCCUUAGGAUGAUUAAAAAUUUUAUCGACAA